AUGAAGGUCGAGACUGAAAUCAUCUAUAAGCCUUUGAGCCCUCCCAAAGUCGGGCUAGGUUAUCACGGAUUCAAUCCCCGUACCGAAACCCUGCCCAAGGGCUGGUCGAAAGACGGUGGCCGAGCUUUGACGUGUGACAUUCUAGUUGAGCGUGACGUUGGGUACAAGGUGCGAGAUGGCGUCACUUUGUAUGCUGACGUCCUUCGUCCUACUACUGGUAAAGUGCCAGCGAUCGUCUGCUGGGGUCCCUUUGGAAAGAACUUCAACGGUCCCGAUUCAUUGAAAUUGAUGGCGCCUUAUAAUCUGGGUAUCCCCGAUGGCACACUCAGUGGCUUGGAGAAAUUUGAGGCGCCUGAUCCAGCUUUCUGGGUGGAGAUGGGGUAUGCCAUCGUCAACGUCGACAACAGAGGUAGUUUUGACUCUGAGGGUUUGUGUGCGGUGUUGGGAACCCAAGAAGGGAGAGAUGGACACGACGUAAUUGAACUCAUCGCCAAAGAGCCUUGGUGUACUGGAAGUGUUGGAAUGGCAGGCAACUCGCAUCUUGCCCAAAGUCAAUGGUUCAUUGCAGCAGAGCAACCGCCAUCUCUAAAGGCUAUAGCGCCAUGGGAAGGCUGCGUAGACAUGUACCGUGAGACAUUCGUUCGUGGCGGUAUUUAUAGCGGCGACCUCUUCGAUGAACUCAUUACGAAAUAUGUCAUUCACGGCCGUCAAAUUGAAGACAUUCGGGCUAUGUUCGACAAGUAUCCCCUGGCUAAUGACUACUGGAACGAUAAACGCGCUGAAGUAGAGAAAAUCAAUAUCCCAACUUAUAUCACCGGGACAUAUUCCAAUACUAUGCACGGCAUGGGGUCUAUCCUUGGAUGGUUAAAGACCACGACCACAGAAAAAUGGCUCCGAUUCCACCCAACCCAGGAGUGGUAUGACAUUUGGGGGAACCCUGAGUCAAUGCAGGAUCUACUUCGGUACUUCGAUCAUUAUCUCAAGGGAAUUGAAAAUGGCUGGGAAAGCACGCCCCGUGUUCGCAUGGCAUUGCUGAGAUUCGGCCAAACACCGUCGAUUGCGAACAUAGUAGAGGAAGAUUUUCCUGUUCCCAACACUGAAUAUAAGAAGGCAUACCUGGCACCUAACGACAGUCUGUCCUUCAAACCUCCCGCUGAAAGUCUUCAGUUGUCAUACGAUGCUACGUCCCAGACAGAAUUUUUGAAAUUUACGUAUAAGUUUGACAAGACCACUCGCAUGAUGGGUAUACCAAAAGCAGUCUUGUACAUGUCCUGCCUGGAGCAUGAUGAUAUGGAUGUCUUUCUCAUCUUACGCAAACUCUCGUCAACAGGCGAGCCCAUGCUGUGCUUGAACGUGCCAUGGGAAGGUGUGCCAAUCAAGACAUUUGAGGAUAUCCCUGAAAAACUGGCGACAGAGGUCAUCCUUUAUAAAGGGCCGACUGGCAUUAUUCGAGCUUCUCAACGUGCCAUUGACUCCACGAAGUCAAUGCACCCGAAUUGGCCUUUCCACCCCCAUGACCGAGAGGAGCGCAUUCCUCCCGGACAAAUUAUCAAGCUUGAGAUUGGUAUCUGGGCGACAGGUAUUCAAUUUGAGGCUGGUGAAAGCAUACAAUUUGAAGUAGCGGGACAUUUCCGUGGGGUAUCGAAUUUUGGAAAACCGGAGCAUGUCAAGAACAAAGGCCGUCAUGUUGUUCACAUUGGAGGCGAGCACGACAGUCAUGUAAUUCUUCCUUUCUGCUAG